AUUGGGCUGUACAGGAGGAUGCUUGUGGCCCUUGACGGAGCAGACGCCGCAGUCAUCCUUGGGGUCCACAGCGGGGGCCUUGCUGCCGUUGGUCUUGGUCGAACUUGCUCCCAUGUUACUCGUCUUUCGCGCUGGAGGCGGCAGUGGCGGCGAGCUCUUGACCUUGCCUGGCCUAUCUGGCAUCUGUCUCGACGGGACGCCCAUCUUUGAGGCCUUGUGGUGAGGCGGAUGUGACUGGAGUCAACACCGUCAGGCGCCAGGCACGGCUCGCGACUUGGCCGGGAUGACAAGUUGAUGCGCCUUGACGAGUGUCUGCCCCUUCAGCAGCCUGAGCUCGACUGGACAGCCUAUCUAGAUUAUCUCUCUCGUCAGCAGAUCAUCUCAAAUGUCGAUCUACUCUUCAAUAGCUCCGUGAAUGUACCCCCUCAGCAUCGAGAGCAGCAUCAGAUCGCACAACAGAUAGCGAUUAGGACGCUCGCGCCUGUCCCCGUGCUAGGCACGCACGCAGCAGAACGAGAGGAGCGAGUCCGCACUCACGCGCCGCCACUGCUCACGGGCGUCAAAACACUCGAUGAGACUCUACAAGGGGGUCUUUACCCUGGCGAGCUGAUCGAAUUGGCCGGACAACCAUCCUUGUCUCGCACAACACUUGCCUUGCACAUCGUCGUGCGGGAAUUGCUGCACGCCCCCACUUCUGCCGGUCUCUGGAUAGACGCCCGGGGAUCUUUUGACAUCAAGCGGGCUCUGGCAGUAUUCGAAGCACUGCAGCGUCAAGAUCACCGUUUUGCCGCCCUGGAGCCCGAUGCAAUCUUUGACAAGUGGGAGAUCAAUACAGCUUUCGACCCGGCUGCUUGCUUGCUAGCCAUCGAUUCGUCCCUAAAGUCGCUCGUCGAUCAGUCCACUCGCUUACGCAUCGUCGUCCUGGACGGGAUAGAUGUCCUCUUCAAUGGUCUUGGCAACUCAGGAUCCACCGAGCAGCACGCCGCCAUGGUCACGUUCAUGCGAGAUCUGCAAGCGAUUGCAAGCAGCGCCGAGUCGCCACUGACCGUGCUCGUCGUGAACAAGGCAGUCAAUGCAGGAACAGAAGCCCCGUUUUCCGCAUUCAGCACAACGAAGCACAAGCCUGCCCUCGGUCCCACAUUCGCUCAGCUCGCUCGACGGACGAUCUGGAUCGCUGAGCGAGCGAGCGCUGAUCCUCUGGCUCGACCCGAUCGAGUUCGUGAGGCCUACAUCGAAGUCGUGCGUGAUCGGACAGGCUUGGCGGGCACAUGGGCGCCCUUCCUCACUGACGGAGCAAAGCUGCUCUCAAUGCCGACAGAGUGA